ACUAUCAGUUUAGUAACCAAGAACUAAAUGCAUGGCGAUCAAUGUUUCGUGCUGCUGGUGCUCAUGAUAUAACAUCUUGGUUAUACACGGAAUCAAAGUAUCAAUUUUGGACAAAAUCCAAUCCACCAGACCAUGAUUUUGCAAUACUUAAACAAUUCUAUGAAUUGGGAUUUUUGAUAAGUAUACCUAUCCAUAUGCCAAAUACAACACAUACCUUUUGGAACUCUUUUUCACGUGCCUUAAAUAAUAAUAAAAAAACUUUGGAUGGAAAACAACGUAUUUUAUCAAUAAUUGCAGAAGAUUUUACUUAUAAUGAAUUGGAAGAAAAUUUAGGU